CUCACCAUUUCAACACAGCCAAAACUACCUUACAUACCACAUAACCACAAUGAGCCCUAUAUAUGCUUCCCUCGUUACAUUUCUAGUUUCCUUCAUCACAUUCACCAAUGCAACCACAAUCACAGUAGUCAACAACUGCCCCUACACCGUCUGGGCCGCCGCCGAUCCAGGCAGCGGACAGCGACUCAACAGAGGCAACACCUGGGUUGUCAACCCAGCUCCAGGCACCAAAAUGGCCCGUAUUUGGGGCCGAACAGGUUGCAACUUCGACGGUAACGGUAACGGAAACUGCGACACCGGAGGUUGUGGGAAACUCGAUUGCGACCCUGGUAAUUGGGGUACAAUCCCCAAAACACUAUUCGAAUACACUCUAUCCCAACCCAAUAACCCGACCGACACAAUCGACAUCUCCCUAAUCGAAGGGUUCAACAUCCCUAUCUCCUUCACUCCCCUUAACAAUGUCGGUGCCUUAAAUAACAAGUGUCGUGAUAUUCGUUGCACGGCCGAUAUUAACGGACAAUGCCCGCAGAACUGGAAGACGAAGGGCGGGUGUAACAGUCCAUGUACAACGCCUAAUAUUGGUUCAUGUGGUGCUAAUGGUGACUCUAAGUUUUUUAAGCAAAGAUGUCCAGAUGCUUAUAGUUUUCCCAAAGAUGAUCAAUCCAGUACUUUUUCUUGUCCUCCUGGUACUAAUUAUAGGCUCACUUUCUGCCCAUGAUCGAUUAACGUAACUAAUUGUGUUAUAACUUAUAAGUUGAUUAAUUACGUCCAUGGUAAUUAAUUAACCUUACUGCAGAUUUAUGGUACGUGAUUAAUAAUGUGUGCAAUAAGCUAGCUAGAGUUCUCAUCUGUUCAGCUCUAGCAUUCUGUGUUUUCAGAUAAGCUAAUAAUAAUAAUAAAAGUUUUCUUUUUUUCUUUUAAUAAAA